AUGAAUAUGCCGCUGUUGGAUAUUCAACCACGAACAUUGAAGUUUGUAGUUGAUCUCAAGAAGCAGAGUACCUGCGUGGUUCAGCUAACAAACACAACUCAGCAUUUUGUUGCUUUUAAGGUCAAAACUACAUCACCAAAGAAGUACUGUGUCCGUCCAAAUGUUGGCGUUGUUGCACCAAAAUCAACCUGUGAAUUCUCUGUCAUCAUGCAAGCUUUCAAAGAGCCGCCUCCAGAUAUGGCUUGCAAAGACAAGUUCUUAAUCCAGAGUACUGUUGUGCCUGAGGAAACAACUGAUGAAGACAUCACAGCUAGCAUGUUCUCCAAAGUGGAAGGCAAACACAUUGAGGAAAACAAACUGAGAGUCACUCUCGUGAUGCCCUCUGACUCGCCUGAAUUAUCUCCAAUUAAGGGGACACUAAAGCAGGAAGCAGUAUUUGAAGAUUCCAUCCUCAAGGAUCGAUUACAUGGUCAACCAGAGACUCUUCCUCCGCAAUAUGAGAGUGAGAUUGUAAAGGAGCCUAGGAUGGUUGAGCAUGAUGAGCUAAAGCAACCAAGGAAGGGCGUAGAUUUCAUUGAAAAUGACAUAAAGGCAACUAAAGGUGGCUACGAUACAUUAAAAAUGGCAAAAGAAGCUGAAUCUUAUCCUAUUAGGUCUCAUAAGGAUGAAGAUGAUGGAAGGGAAAUAAAGCCAACACAUGAUUUGGGUACUACCACGAAUAUGGCUAUGGAUCUUUCUGGGGAUCAAGGGUUUUCUAAUGGAAAAACCUCAGCCAACAGUGUGAAUUAUACUGAAGAACCAAAGAUACCUAGGGACAGAGACUUUGUACAGCUGCAGAAAACAGAUGCUCAGAGUAUCAAAGCAGUGGACGAGUAUAAGUUGGUUAAAGACAUUGAGGAGAUGAAGCUGAAAGUCAAUGCUCUUGAAUCCAAGCUAAAACAGGCUGAUUCAACAAUUACGAAGCUAAUGGAGGAGCGGUCUAUAAGCUCCCAACAUAGACAAAUCUUGCAACAAGAGCUGGCGGAGCUGAGGACGAAGAAGAUAGUGAAAGAAGUUCACAUUGGGUUCCCUCUGUUGUUUGUAUGCGUGGUUGCAUUCAUCAGUAUCGUUAUUGGGUAUUGUCUGCGCACUUGA